AUGCCCGAGGAGACUAUCUCGGAUCACGACUUUGCGGCCAAGGUUGGGUUACGCCUGUUCCUGAAGGCCAAAUCCGGGCCGGGCCUCUGGAAGUUGCCGCCUGACAUGAUCAACAAGCCGGGGGUCAAGAAGAUCAUUGAUGCCACCGUGAAGCGGACGAGGGUAACCGACGGUAGCAGCUUUGAACUCCUUACCUCGAGGCUGAAUGCAGGUCUUCGGUCUUAUGCUCGGGAAGAAGGCAAGCGAAUCCGUGCUACCACUUCACACCUUGCUGCUGCCGUCGCCAAGUUGAAGCAGGAAGCCAUGGCGGACCCGCACGGUUUUGCUCAUGGGGAGCUCCUGGAGUCCAAGGUAAAGCAGCUGAAGGAAUAUCACGCGUCGCGGAGGGAACGGAUGCACAUCUGUGCAGGGACAAAGGAGGAGAUGGUUGGUGAAAUUGCUUCGAAACACCUAUCGGGGAAAAUUCAAGGGCGGAAAGCAAAGACGCAGAUUGCAGAGCUGAAGAUAAACGGGUCGACAAUCUCAGACACCAAGGGUAUCCUGCAUGCCGCUGCUGACUUCUUUUCUGGUAUUUUCGGGGAAGACCGUCGGCGGUGUACAAGGAAGUGGAGCCCAGCUCCGGGUAGGACUCUCUCACGAGAAGCGGCCAAGGAGUUGGAAGCGGACUGGACGGAGGAGGAAGUAAAAAUGGCGUUUCAGGCGAUGGCGGCACGGAAGUCUCCAGGCAGCGAUGGACUCCCCAAGGAGCUUUUUGAGGCCAACUGGGACACUUUGGGAGGUAGCCUCAUGGCGCUGGCUGAAGACUUCGCCUCCAUUGCCUCCCUUCCUGCAGAAACAAAAGAGGCGGUCACGAUUCUGCUACACAAAAAAGGAGACCGAGACUCCCUUAACAACUAUCGCCCGAUCACCCUGCUUAAGUCUUCUUACAAGGUUCUAGCGAGGGUGGUGGCGAACCGUAUUAAACGAGUGCUUCACCAAGUCAUCUCUCCAGAACAGUAUGGGUUCAUACCUGGUCGACGACUGUCGGAUGCAGUGGCGCUGGUUGCUGAUGUCAUCGAUGCAGCGAAGCAUGGUAGUGAAGACUGGUAUCUGCUGCUUGUGGAUUUCCAAAAGGCGUUCGAUUCAGUCUCGCGUAUCUUCAUCUUCAUGGUGCUGCGUAAUAUGGGCUUCCCGGAACGAUUUGUGGCCUGGGUGGAAGGCCUGCACGCUGGCACCACAACGAAGCUGUUAAUCAACGGGUGGCUGAGUGAGGGAAUACAGGUGCGCUCGGGAGUCAGGCAAGGGUGCCCUCUUGCCCCUUACCUCUUCCUGUGCGCGGUGGAACCGUUGGCGCAGCUGGUGGAAAAAAGGAAACUGGGGCUAAGUCUGGCGGGGCAGAGGCUGGCAUACCUUGGGUAUGCAGACGACACAACUCUGAUCCUGCAGGGGAAGAAUCAGAUCAAGAAAGCGGUAAGGGCGCUUGCCAAAUUCGAGGAGGAGUCUGGGCUGGCGACAAACAAGGGGAAAUCGGUUGUGAUGCCGCUGGGGGUGAACCUCACCUCGCACCCGAUUGCAUCCGACGGUUUCAAGUGGGCGGCAGCUGAUGAAGCGGAACGCCUUCUGGGUGUCUGGAUCACGCCAAACGGCAGCUGCAGACCGACAUGGGAAAAAGUGUUAGAAGCUGCAGAAGUGGCAUGA